UCCUCUGUAACAUACGGGCACCUGUAGCUGGAGCUAAACGGAUUAAGACAGAAAACCAGUACAAUAAAAAAAAAACAUACAUCGUGAAUUAUUCUUCACAGGUUUAUAGUUGUAACAACACACAAUAGAAUGUCAAAUAAAAACGUGGCCGAUGACAAUGAUGAAGAAGAGAUGACAUUUAUUGUGGAACUAUCUGGUAUACUGGACUCUGACCUUCUGAGUAAAGUAAAAGGGAAUUGUCAAGUACUGGGUAUAGAUACUGACAAGCCACUGCUUCAGUUAGAACAAUAUACAUUUACUGGGGAAUAUGAGGACACACUAGGAACAGGCCUAGUAUUUGAAGAAAAAGACAAAUCAGAAGCCAGCCAAUUAAAGGAAACACGACAGAAUAUAUUACAUCAUUUGUUAGGAGAAGAUAGUAUUAAUACAGCAGUUGAUUUACAAUUCUCUCAUGUUGUCAACAAAAAACUGAUCAUGAAGCGAGCAUUUCUAACACCAGAGGAUGAAACUGAUGGAGAGCCAUUAACUUCUUCAGAUACAAUUGAGAAUGUAGAUAUGGCAGCAGAGGAUGAGAGUGCAAGGACAAGUACAGGUCCAGAUGGAUGAACUCUAUAAAGCUCUCAAUGGCUGUCAACAAUGAGGAUCUCUGUUCAUGAUUUGUUAUGUGAGAUGUGAGCAUAUUGAGAAGGACAUAUUAAAUGAGAAAUAUUGAAAUACAUUGUUGAUGACAUUAGUAUGUUCUUGAAAUAUAUGAAAGUUCUGACUGUGAAUGUAUCCAUCAAUAUAAGUAAUGUGUUACAUGGACAUCAAUAUGUUGUAAUGUAAUAAAUCACUUGUCUUUCUGAAACACUGAACAAAUCAGGGAAAAAAUAUU